AUGGUGAACAGCACAAUUAUCCCGGCGAUGUCGCCGCCGCCAGGGAAGGUAUCCAACUUUGUUGAUCCCCCGUACAUUGGUACCAAAUUCCUCGUCGUCAAUUGCGUCUUUCUCCCAAUCGCAGCUAUUGCGCUGCUGAUCAGGACAUGGACACGGUUGUUUAUCGUGCGCAGCUUUCGCUGGGAUGACUGUGAGUCUCUCUUUCGCACUGACGACGCUCGUCUGCUAACCAAGAGACCAGACCUUAUGAUCAUAGCUCUGCUUCUAUCCGCCGCCAUGACCGGAGUCACUUUGGAGAUGUUAAACUGGGGCCUGGGGAGACACAUGUGGGACGUUCCCGCCGAAUAUCUAUCACCAUGGUUUAUGAAGCUAAACGUGAUUGCCGCCAUCCUUUACUGCGCCGGCACUGGAUUUACGAAAGUUUCUGUUCUUGUCUUCUAUAUGCGUAUCUUUCCCAGUCGCAAUUUCCACCUCGCUGUUUGGGCGAUCGUGUUCAUUGCAGCAGGAUACAGUGUGGCCAGCAUCCUGGCCAAUGUUCUCAGCUGUAGUCCCAUUGAUAAAGCGUGGUAUCCAGCCAAAGCUGGUACCUGCAUGAACCGGCCGGUGUUCUAUUUCGCCAAUGCUGGGCUCGGCAUAUUUACGGAUUUCGCGACGGUUAUUGUGCCCAUCCCCUGGUUACGCCGAUUGCAGAUGCCAAUACGCCAAAAGAUUGCGGUUAGCUGUAUCUUGGCGAUGGGAUGCUUUGUUGGCGUCGUCAGUUGUAUCCGAUUAUCGACAUUAUAUACCCUUCUCAAAAGCCCUGAUCUUACCUGGAGCACAACGGACGCCCUGAUGUGGUGUACGAUCGAGUUAAAUCUGGGAAUCACCGGUGGCUGCAUUACAGCAGUGCGCCCAUUCGUUCGUCGCUACUUUCCUCGCCUUCUGGGUCUCUCGUAUGGGAAUGGCUACAAGUCUGGUUCAACGUCUCGCAAGUACGGCCAUCCACUGGGCUCCGUGCCUCGAGCAAACGCGCCCGACUUUUCGAAUACUCGCAGUAACCAAUAUUCGACCCACACGACGACCACAAUUCUACCUGCGGCUGACAACGGGAGCGAAGAACAUAUCUUACAGUACCCAGAAAUGCCUACGAAGAGCACCGACGGCAUCGGCAUUGUCCGGACGGUUGAGUUCGACGUGGAGAACUCGAGCGCCCGGAGGUAA